AACAAAUUUACUUUCGCUUCAUGAUCGAGUAACUACCGCGGAUGCCUAACGAUAGGCGUUUUUACAUUCAAUCCAUUCGACGAUGGUUUCAAAUUGUAGCGAUUGCAGGCGAAAUAUUUCCCGCACGAUCAAGUUAGCAUAGCUCGGAGCAGUGCAUAGUUUGUCAAUUUUUUGCUUUCGGAGGAUUUGAAAUCUGCUCGUUCUGAUUUUUUCCUGAACUAUUUAUUAGGAUGGCGGCUAACACCGGGGUUAAAAUUAUCCGAGACUUUCUACGGGAGAGUCCUUGCCGGAAGGCCUAUCAGCUAACCCAGCAGAAGGACUACGCUCACCAGUACUCGAAGAACUACAACCUGCGGAAAAUCCCUGCGUCGAAUCGGCAUCCAGAGGUACGCCCCAACACAGCUCCGAUUUUACCGACCAAUCUAGCACAAGCCAUCACCGGUCACAAUCUGAUGGAGAGCCAUCAUCCGGAGAGGAGGCGGCCCACCACCAGUGGCAAGCUGCUGAAGCGUCCGCGUGAUCCGACACCGCAGCGCAUCCGUAUCAAACGACCCGGUAGCGAUGAAUGGAAGAAGUCGCAGAGACCGAUUCGUCCUAGGCGAUCGGUUGAACAGAGCGAUUCCCCCUCCACUUCCGAUAGCAACAUCCGUCGGCGGCAACAACACAAGCAGUCAAAAUCACCGGAUCAAUGCCAGAAAGCAGGCAAAAAGCCUUGCAAAGUAUGUGUCAACGAGGAAGUCUGUCAAAUCCCCGCGCAGUGGCAAGAUUUGUUGAACGUUCCGAAGCGCGUUCCCUCCUCCAAUGGGUUCCGACAUCUGAUUGAGGAAAUCGAAAGAAUACGCGCAGAACUGAUUAAGCGGGAAGACAUGAAGCACAUUUCGUUCCGGGAAUCACUUCAGUUGAUAAACGAGAUCAACGAAAGAAUUGAUGCCGCUUCCGAUACCAAUGGUUUUCUGGAUCGGUUGAUACCGCUGCAGACGACACUGUUGCACUCUAUUGCAGACAUCAAGUCCCGGAAGUCGCAUUCAUUACGCUUCGAAGGAGGACGUAUCUUGGAUACCGAUUAUGUUACGUUUAAACCACGCUCCGGGGGGCGAAAGGAAAAUGUAGGAAGUGGUGCAGUAAGACGCAACGAAAAGAAGUUCGACCAAGGACCGCUCCGAAUGUGUCUUCCCUUUAUGCGGGAUAGGUUGACCCUGGAUCAUGCUAAAUUUUAACUGAACAAAGCAAAUUAAAAAAAAGUAUAAAAACUGAUUCGGUUUGUGUUUUUUUGGGUUUUUUUUCGGACGCAUUAAUUGGAACCAUAGA